GCCCUACAGUGUAGAGCUGACGUUUCACACUCCUAUCCACAAGAUGGCGGUAGUGCACACCACAAGGUACUUGUCAACCACCAAUAAUAGAAGAAGACGUAUUUUGUACAAGCGAAGUAAAAAUCGGUAAAUAAAGUGGACAGAUUUUUGGUUUCCAUCUGUUUUUUCCGGGGAAUAUCACCGAUAACCUUGGAUUCUAAACACAAACUCCCUGGCUUGACGUUACGUUAGAGUAAAUUGGACAUUUUGGUUCCAAACGACAGAUGAUUUAACGGGAGUCACACAGAAGGCUGCUUUCUUAACAAUGCGACCUGGAUGUUUGAACAGUCAAGAAAAGGCCUGUCCUGCAUUUUGACAAUAUACUAGUAUUACUCCACUUCCCUCACCUCAGAGUAAUGUUAUAUGUGAUUCAAUGCAGAUUUAAAAUCCUUUUUAAAUGCCUCAUUUUCAUCAGAGAAGACAUAUGCUAAUUUCUAUGCAAGAGCCCAUUUAUCAGAUUCAAGUUGGAACUUGAAUAUCUUACCAACUGCUAAAGAUUGUGGACAAAUGAGAGCACACAAGCUAGACUAUGCUCAUUCAGCUGUUUGUGGACAACAGAUGUAUUCUCCACCAUUAUCAACAUGCCGACUUUUGUCAACUGGAGCAGCAGAGCCACCGACGGAUAUCCAAAUACAAACCCUGAUUGCAGAAAAGCUUGCAUACUUUAGGAACUGCAACGACGGUAUUCAUGGAUCUGCAACCAUUCAAAAAGAAUGUCGCCCAAUUAGGACGGAAGUCGCUUCUACUAACGCACAUCAUCGAGAAGACCGUCCAAUGGUGGAAAUGACAAAGCAUCCUGUUUCCAUGGUGAAGGAUAGCUUCCUACUAAAUGAAAAUAAGCCUGUGAGCAGCAAACCAGAAUGUCAAGUUGCUUCUACCAAACCAGUCAAAGUCACAAAUACUCAAAUGAUAAAGGAUCCACAAUAUGACGACAUUUCAGAUGAUGAUGAUGGAGAAAUAUCGAAAGUAUGUUGCGAAAAGCCACAGUAUGAAGACAUAAGUGAUGAUGAAAGUCCUACAUCUGAGAUCCCAUUACCACCUAAAACCAUCAUGUCAAUAUUAAACAGUGCCCCCCAAAGGCAUGAUACGACCAAAGUACACAUGAUUACUUCAGGUGAGAUUGAGGAUGAAAGACAAAUCAAUCAGUCUGUUUUGCCAAGUAAACAUCAACAUCAGGACCAGGAAGGUAAUACCUUUUGUGUUAUUCCUCUACACCUUUUGUCGCUGAAAUAUGAACCCCCAAAAGACUUUGUCGUUCUUGACAAAGGUGCAACAAAAGAGACUCGACCCUCAAAACUAUUAGCAUCCCCCUCUGCUUCCCGUUUAGAGGUCUAUGAUUCAUCUGAAAUAUAUCAACAGGUGAACGCAAUGGAAUUUGCUGAUCAUUUCGAAGUACUUGAGGACGACAUAGAUGAGAAGAAAGAUGCAUUUCAAAAGAAGGGACUGCUGUAUGUCGACCUUGACAGUUGUGAAACCGAAGACAGUUGCGAUUACUCCUCUUCAUCGGAAUGCAACUAUUUGACUGUUUCAAAGCAUUUGUUGGAAAGGUCAGCGUCACUGUGUUCGGCGGAGGACAAUUCUCAUAUUGGACAACAUUUUCCGCACAAACGCAGACCAAUGAAAGCGAACGAAAUGCAAUCAUGUGCGGACCCUAAGAAUGUUACACACAAAGCCAAGAAACUAACUCAUGACUUAGUUCCAAACACGGUACAUAUACUUGAUUCAUCAGAGGAUGAAAAUGAUGUGCAACUGAUUGAGACCACAGACUCUCGCUAUGUGCAAAUCAACACCAGGAGAUCAAUGACACAAAAUCUGGACUGUGAUGAAAAAGAACAUGGUCACGUAACAAACGGGGAAAAAAGAUUCCGAUCUGGAUCACUGGAUAUCACUGAUGCCUUUUUUGUUCCACAUAAAAAGCAUCCAUAUUGAAUUGAAAAUGAACCAUGGCUGUUGCGAUUGCUUUAAUUGCAUUAAUUACAUUAAUUAUUCCAAAAUUAAUUUGAUGGAAAAGUUUUUUUUGGGUCCAUUCAUACUUUUUGCAGCUGUAUUUUUUUCUGUGAUGGAAAUAAUAAAUAUAAGAAAUAUAAUGUCACAUCAGCUUGUCAAUUUUAGGUAUUUUUAGAACAGUUGUUUAACUCUUUAUUGUGUUGUGUCUUAUGUGGAGAUGUUGCAGGUGGCAUCCCUCAAGACUGAAGGCCCUCAUCCAUCCGUGUGGUAAUAACUGGCUUUUUCAACAGAACAUAACAGGACUUCAUUAUGCCCGCCUGACAAAGGACUUCUUCCAGAGGAAUAUGCUCACUCUUCCCACCAUCCUAUGUGAUUCCCUGAUCUAAAUGCGAAAACUUAAAACAUUUGGGGACGGAUAAAAAGGUAAGUUCACAAAAAUGGACAUUAGUUCAGACAGUAGAUGCUGUCAGUGAGGCCAUCUUCACCACCUGGAGCAACAUUCCCACUAGCCGCUUGGAAACACUGGCAUCUAAAAUGGCAAAAUUAACAUGACCGUGUAAGUUUAACCAUCGCAUUUUUUCACUUCUUAUUCAUAAUUCACUCAUAAUGCCACACAGUUAGUAGACCUGGGGUCAAUUCCCCCUCGGGCAGCUCUGCGUGGAGUUCCGUGCAUGCGUGGGUUUUCUCCGGGUAAUCUGGUUUCCUCCCACAUUCCAAAAACAUUUUAGGUUUACUGGUGACUGCAAAUCCAAUGUCCAAUGUGUUUUUCCAAAAGGUUUCCAGAUCUACCUCCCAAAAAAAAGGCACAUGGACUUUACACUCCUUUGGGGAAUUCAGGAGCAAUGUCUCUAGACUUUGCCCUCAUAUAGUCUUCUUCCAAGUUUAAGCAAGGGGUCAGCAACCCGCGGCUCCAGAGCCGCAUGUGGCUGUUCCACCUCCCUUUGCAUCCAUCCAUUUUCUAUACCGCUUAUCAUCACAAGAGUCCGCAGCAUUCUGGAGCCUAUUCCAGCUGUCUUUGGGCGAGAGGCGGGGUACACCCUGGACUGGUGGCCAGCCAAUCACAG